AUUUUCUCAUAUAAAUACCUCUGCAACCCCUUCCCUACACUCUUACUACACCACCACUCCACCAAAAUGGCUGUUGCUAAAACAUUUCUCCUCUUUUCUUUCUUUGCUUCCCUCUCAUUUUCCCGAGAAACAAACACUAAUCCGAUUUCCAUCUCUUUUCCACUCCAUUCCCUUCCGAAUAAAUCCCCUUUGAAAUCUACUUCUUCUUUCUCCUCUUCGCUGGCAGCUUCAUUACCCAAACAAAACCCAGUAACAAAAUUACCUUCUUAUAAUUAUAGAUCGUCUUUUAAAUAUUCAAUGGCUCUGAUUGUUUCUCUACCGAUUGGUACGCCGCCACAGGCCCAGCAGAUGGUAUUAGACACCGGUUCACAGCUGUCCUGGAUUCAGUGCCAUAAAAAAACCGUCCCGAAAAAGCCGCCUACGGCGUCGUUUGAUCCUUCUCGUUCCUCUUCUUUCUCUGUUUUGCCUUGCAAUCACCCUCUUUGUAAGCCGCGAAUUCCCGAUUUUACCCUCGCCACUACUUGUGACCAGAACCGGUUGUGUCACUAUUCUUACUUCUAUGCUGAUGGUACUUAUGCCGAGGGUAGUCUCGUCAGAGAAAAAAUUACUUUCUCCUCUACCCAAUCUACACCUCCUUUGAUUCUCGGUUGUGCUGAGGCUUCCCCUGAUGAGAAGGGUAUUUUGGGUAUGAAUCUUGGGCGGCGUUCUUUUGCUUCUCAAGCUAAGAUUUCCAAAUUCUCUUACUGUGUGCCAACCAGGCAAUCUCGGGUCGGGUUGUCAGAUACCGGUUCUUUUUACCUGGGUGAUAAUCCCAAUUCGGGUCGGUUUCAGUAUAUUAACAUGUCAACUUUUGCUCAAAGUCAACGAUCACCCAAUUUAGACCCGUUGGCUUACACUCUUCCAAUGCAAGGAAUUCGAAUCGGCAACAAGAAAUUAGCCAUACCCGCUACUGUCUUUAAACCCGACCCGAGUGGAGCUGGUCAAACUAUAAUUGACUCAGGCUCCGAAUUCACGUACUUGGUUGAUGAGGCGUAUAACAAGGUGAGAGCAGAGAUAGUAAGACUCGUGGGGCCCAAAUUAAAGAGGGGUUACGUGUACGGUGGAGUAUCAGACAUGUGUUUCGACAGCAGUAAAGCUGUAGAGAUCCAACGGCUGAUAGGCAACAUGGUGUUGGAGUUCGAGAAGGGAGCAGAGAUAGUGGUUGAUAAAGAAAGAGUAUUAUCAGACGUUGGAGAUGGGGUCCACUGCGUUGCGAUCGGACGGUCAGAAAUACUAGGAGCAGCCAGUAAUAUAAUAGGCAACAUUCAUCAACAAAAUCUAUGGGUGGAGUAUGAUCUACCCAAUCGUAGAAUAGGUUUGGGUAAAGCCGAGUGUAGUAGAUCAGUGCAGUAAAAAGGUGGACCCCCAGCUGAAGGACAUCUGGCCAGGGAAAUUAAAUCAAGAUCUUUAUUGAUUUAAAAGACUGUACAAAGAGGGAGAAGAAAAUAUCAAGAGAGAGGUGUCUUGACUCUUGUGGUUGGUUGUGAGUGAUCAAGUACAAUGGUCCAUAUGAUAACUAUGAUAAGCUCAUCUUGAUGGCUUGGUUGGACGAUGAUCAUAAGUUUCACGGGAAAUGGUGUGUGUUUGUGGUAACAUGUGAUAAUUUUUGUGUGUUGAUAAUAAUAGCUAGCUAGAGAGUAGAGAGAUGUGUAAUGUAAUGUGAGUGUAGUGUAAAAAAAGUAGGUGUAAUAUAUAGAUAUAUUGCUAAAAUUAUAUUGUACUCUAAGUAGAGAUUGUAAAAUAUAUAAUGAAGCUAAUUUUGGAAACAUAAA